AUGCCGUCUCUUCUGCGUCGCUUACGCUUUCCGCAGUUGGCGCCCGGCUAUUUACUGGUGUCACAGGCCCUCCAUCCUCCUUCGCGAUCGCGUCAUCGUUUUGGUGUUGAUCCUGCUGCUGGCCCUGCUGCUGGCCUUGGUAUCCGCAACGUUGUUGGCCUUGGUGCUCGUGUUGCUGCUGACUUGGGAGUUCGCGUUGCCGGUACCCAUGAUGGUCAAAUUGCCGAUAACCUUGAAGCUGGCGUUGCUGGUGACGAAGUUGGCUACGAAGUCGACCCUGACGUUCGCGUUCCUGUCGGUAUUGAUGCUCGCGUUCCUGUUGGUCUUGAAGUUCGCGUUCUUCUUGAGCUUGACGCUCGCGUUCUUCUUGAGCUUGACGCUCGCGUUCCUCUUGAGCUUGAACUUCGCGCUGCUGUUGGCCUUGAAGUUGGCUUUGGUGUCGGUCUUGAAGUUCACCCUGCUGUGGGCCUUGCUGUUGGGUUUUCUGAUUGUUCUGCUGGAAGGCCCGCUGAAUGA